AUGCUGAGCAAGACAAUGCAGCGCUCGGGUUCUUCUUCACCGAUCCGCAAAACGCUGCUGCAGCGCGCCUUCGCCACUUCCGGAGGCGAUGGCCCCAAGGCCGCCGACGGCGUGCGCAUCAACCGCUACAGCGCCACCGUCACGCAGCCCAAGGCGCGCGGCGCCUCGCAGGCCAUGCUGUACGCCACCGGCAUGACAGAGGAAGACAUGGACAAACCCCAGGUGGGUAUCGCCUCCAUGUGGUGGGAGGGAAACCCGUGCAACAUGCACCUGUUGGAUCUGGCCGGCGAGGUGAAGAACGGUGUGAACGCCGCUGGCCUCGUGGGUCUGCGUUUCAACACCAUCGGUGUGAGCGAUGGUAUCAGUAUGGGCACAGACGGUAUGAGCUACAGUCUGCAGUCGCGAGACUUGAUUGCCGACUCGAUCGAGACGGUCAUGGGCGGUCAAUGGUACGACGCGAACAUUUGCAUCCCUGGUUGCGACAAGAAUAUGCCUGGGUGUGUGAUCGCCAUGGCGCGUGUGAACCGUCCAUCUCUGAUGGUGUACGGUGGCACGAUCCGUGCUGGUUGCAGCUCUAAGGGCGAGACCUUGGACGUCGUCUCGGCCUUCCAGGCGUACGGCGAGUACAUUGCCGGACGUAUCACAGAGGAGGAGCGUCAUGAUAUCAUCCGUCACGCCUGCCCUGGUGCUGGUGCCUGCGGUGGCAUGUACACUGCCAACACGAUGGCUACAGCCAUCGAGACGCUGGGUCUGAGUCUGCCGUUCUCGUCCAGCUUCCCGGCUGACUCGCCCGAGAAACAGAACGAGUGCCUCCAAGCCGGUGAGGCGAUCAAGGUGCUUCUGGAAAAGGAUAUCAAGCCACUUGACAUCUUGAGCCGAGAAGCCUUCGAGAACGCCAUCACGGUUACCAUGGCUCUAGGUGGCUCCACCAACGCUGUGCUCCACUUGAUCGCUAUUGCUCGUGCUGCGAACAUCCCGCUGUCUAUUAACGACUUUGAGAGGAUCAGUGAGCGCGUGCCUUUCUUGGCCGACCUCAAGCCCAGUGGUAAGUUCGUGAUGGAGGACAUCCACCGCGUGGGUGGCACGCCUGCCGUGCUGAAGUACCUGAUGACCCAGGGCUACAUUAACGGCGACUGCCUCACUGUGACGGGCAAGACACUGGCGGAGAACCUUGAGAAGGUGGCUGACCUCUCUGACAACCACGAGAUUAUUCACCCUGUGGACCGCCCGCUCAAGUCUAGCGGCCACCUGCGUAUCCUGCGUGGUGACCUGGCUCCGGAGGGCUCGGUUGCCAAAAUUACCGGUAAGGAGGGGCUUGUCUUCACUGGUACGGCUAAGGUGUACGACUGCGAAGAAGAUAUGAUGGCUGGUCUGGAGAAGGGCGAGAUCACGAAGGGAAGCGUCGUUAUUAUCCGAUACGAAGGCCCCAAGGGUGGCCCUGGCAUGCCGGAGAUGCUUGCUCCUACGUCGGCGAUCAUGGGAGCUGGCCUCGGCAAGGACGUUGCCAUGCUCACGGACGGCCGCUUCUCCGGUGGUUCGCAUGGUUUCAUCAUCGGUCACAUCACUCCUGAGGCUCAGGUUGGUGGCCCCAUUGCUCUAGUGAAGAACGGUGACAAGAUCACGGUCGACGCCGAGCAGAAUCGCAUCGAUCUGAUAAACGUGACGGCCGAGGAGCUGGCUCAGCGUAAGAAGGAGUGGGUUGCUCCUCCGCUCAAGGCCACUCGCGGUACUCUGUACAAGUUCAUCAAGAACGUCAAGUCUGCUUCGGAGGGCUGCGUCACCGACGAGUAA